ACAUGUCGUCAUCGGUGUGACGACGCAAAGGCGGAAGUAGUACAGUCCCUCUGCAGAAAACGCCGAGUGAAGGAGGGAACAAGUUAACAUGCGAUAAAGACUAACUUUUCCAAGAACAAAUGGCGUGCAGUCGUUGGCUUUUACAGGGAGCUGGUGUGUGUAGAUGUGUGUCUCGGUGUCUCCUUUCGGAAUGACAAAGUUUGGAUCGAUCUGAAAGAAGUCUAUUCAACUUGUCCCCAGUUUUCAAACCGGCAACAUUAGUUUACUACCUGUACAGGAGCAUGAUUCACCAAAACUACCCGGGCAAAGCGCUGGUCAACAGACUGAUUUCCCUCCAUAUCCACUUUAACACACGACUUAUAACUAUGUCAGUGUCGGGUUUGUCAGAGCAGAGCUCCAGCAGCAGCAGAGACAGUCCUCAGACCUCUGCAGACCGGAGAGAGGAAGCAGACUUCAGCUCCGACAACGGCCAGGGUGCAAGAAAGUUCACAGAAGAAGAGAUGAGCAUCCACAGAGUCCACAAAGAGGCGUGUGAGGUAACAGGAGUAACUUAACAGACAUGACAUUCACGGAUUUCAUGCUGCUUUGUAUGAUAACACGUGAAUAAUGUAAGGCAGAUGUCUCUGGGUGGAUAUACUGUUGUGUUAUUUUUCUGAUUUGACAUAGUGAUAAAAUUUCUUUUAAAAUAGAAGAAAACAAACAGCACAGCAUAUGGUAAUCUAAAACUAUUACAUCUACAAGUCUAUAAUUCAGAACAGUACUCAAGUAAAUAACAUUAUAAUUCAAAACAGUACUCAAGGCCUUACUAAGAUCAUGUUUUCACAAAAAAAGGACAGGAAAAUGUCCUGAAGUUAACGCUCCUAUGAGCAGUUUGUUGAUAUUAAUGAAACAGACUGAAAUUCAUAUUGACGUCUGCUCAUAAUGUGAAAAAGCAAACAAGACAAUUAUCAUUUGUGAUGCCCGAAACUGGUGUGAGGGGUGGGUGUUUUUUUAACAGUUUUCAAACUUAAGAUUCACAAUAAAUGAUACAUUCGACAAAAAAGUGAGUUUUUUUUUUUCAAUAAACACAACUUAAUAUACAGAAGACAAAGUGAAUAAAGACUGCUUUAUCCACAAGGGGCGCCAAAACGGAUACAAAUUAAAACCUCCUCACAGGAGCUUUAAAAAAGUAUCGAUGCAGAAUGUCCACUUUUAGUGCAUUACGCUUAUACAGAGCAUGCUAACCUUGUAUCAUUGAGCUGAUUUCACCCCAGUUAUCUUACUUUUGUUACCUCAAAGAAGUGUAGAUUUUUUAUUAUCACAUCUUUGUAUUAAAAUUUUAAUUUACAACAGAGCCCCGGAAAAAAUUUACUCUUACAUUUAGUGGAUAAGAAGUGACCCAUCAAACCCAGACAUCAGAGUACUGAGUAAAUGUAAAUCUGAGGUUAAAGGGUGGGUACUGUUGAAACAGCCAAACCUUUGCCAAGACAAAUCCAACACAUGAGGUUAGAUGUAGGGGAUAUUUGUGCAUAUACAAGUGUUUAAUACACUAGCAUUAUUUACCAAAAAAUGUCUGUUAAAACAUCAUUUCCCAUUUAGGGCUUCAAGAGACAGAAACUUAUUUCUAAAGUCUAAAGAUCACAGUUUCUGCUAAACUUCCCAAUGGCAGGUUCCUUGAAAAAACCAUGCCACAUGGUUAUUCUACAUAGGCCAAAUAUCAUCAGUACAAACAACAACACACUAACAAAAGCCGUGUUUACUUCAGCUGAUAUCAGUGGCAGUAUGAUAAUAUACCAGCUGUUAUACAUCUCCAGAGCCAGCUUGUCUCCAGGGCAAGGUUCCCCGUGGGUCCUUGUCAGAGUGAUAUUUUACUUUGGCUUUAAUUACAGUGAGGAGUACUAUUGUUCAAGACAUGCUUUUAUUCUUUAGAUUUCAGCCUUCUUUUCUAAAUCAUAAACACAGAGAUUGGGAAUAGAUCUGGGAUAUCUAUAAAAAAAAUCAAAUUACAGAGUGAAGCCAUUAAGGAGGAGUUGAUAUAUGUAAUUUUUAACAAUUUCACUGGUGUUUUGUCAGAUUUGUCACAUUCACAUUCACUUGUUCUUCCAUGAAGCUCAGCCAGCGAGCUCUGUUCUGAUGACAGUAGUACAUAGAUGUCAUCUGCAUGCCUUUGGGUGUAUCUGUUGUAAAUAUUGUGCGUCUGAGUGAAACUGAAGCAUGUUGGCCGCGACCUGAGGAGAGUGGUAGGGCCUGGGUGGGAAAAGCACAAUAGAGAGAGGGAGCCCAGCUAUGCCAGCUUCACUAUGUGGCCCUGGAAUGCCAUGUGAAAUGACAGGCUGUGUCACUAAACAGCCUGGGGCCUUUUCCCCCUUUGUGGCCUGUCAGAGCUCAACAACUAGUGGGCUCUCAGUUUGAAACAGACUGAGAGGUGACAUUUUCGAACUUCCUGAGGGACGGCACAGGAGUUUAGUGUUUUUCACGCACAGACGGUGUUUUCGUGUCUAUACAAAAUGAAUAAUUAGUCAAAAUGAAAGAAUGAUUGUGUUUAAAGUAUAGUUUUAAGCAUAUGAAAGGUAUAAAACAGUGCUGCCAUUUGUUUAACUGUUGCAAAACCUCAUCCACAGAAUGAUACACAAAAGAGCACUAAUUAAUUAGAACCGUUAUCAGAGUGAGACUAUCUUACAUCUGUUUCUAUGCAUACAGGUCAUGCAUUCCCUCUUCCUGUGACCCAAAGCAAUCUGUCUCCAUGUAUACGUUCAUAUUAAGUAUUGUGCUUUGUGUUCGGGUGUGUAAAUGUACUGUAUAUGGUUAUGCAUGCCGAGGUCACACUCCGGCAUAUGAGUUUGUAUGUCAUGCUAAUUAAAUAAUAAUACCUUCAUUAUGUUCAGGCAAAGAAGCAGAUGUAUGUCGACCCUUCCAGUGGGUACAAGGUGUUCACAGAAUAUGCCCACCUUCAGAGAGGGAAGUGCUGUGGCAGCGCGUGCAGACAUGUGAGUGUUUUCUUUUUCUCUUUUACCAGGUUACAUGUUGCUUCAUUUAAUUCUGUUUAUAUUUUGGAGCUUUUUCGUCUCUGUUGAGUUUGUCUUGUCCCUUCCUCUUUUUUUGUGCCGGACCUUGUUUCCCAAAGGUUUUCCACAAGUUAUUUACACCCCACAUAUCACAUAGAGGCAAGUUAAUGUCCAUUUUAACAGGGUGCCUCAGCUGCAGCUGUCACAAAAGUGCUGAAGAGAUUUUUUAAUUGAUUAUUUCUUUUAAUUAUGUUGUAAGCAGUUUACACCUUUAUUAUCAAGACAGCAGUAGAGAGACAGGAGAUACAGGAAGGAGAAAGUAGGAGCUAACAUACAGCAAGAGGCAAAUGUUUGAGUACACAAACGUUUUAAGAUAAUUUCUCUUAGUAUCGCAACGUACUCCAAUGUUAAGUCAAUUCUUUAAUCUGCGCUUUUUGAUUGUGUCUUUAUUUCUCUGUCAGGGAAUUAUCCUUCAUAGAGAUAUUUCAAAAAGACUGAAUUACUGUAGUUUUGAUCAGAUUUGUCCUGCUGCUUUUGCCUGUUGCUCAUAAGCCAAAAAAAGAAAAAGAACAGAAAUCUCAAAACAAAUGAUUUCCAAGCUUUCUUUGUUCAAGCGUUGUCACAUAUUUAUGUAGGCGUUGUCAUUCUGUUGUGACAUUAACCUUUCUGUAUUAGAGCUGUGUUCAUAAAAAGUCAGUUAAUUAAUAAAUUCUUAAAACCAACACAGCCGACAAAGAAACAGCAGAAGAGAGGCUGGAAAAAAUCAAGAGAUGGAUAAUGACUCAUUUUGAGUAUCAUUACAUUAGUUGUAGAAGUAUAUUUAGCUGUACUUUGUAGUUUGUUUACUGAACUAGCAAAGUCUUGGUAUGGGAUUGAGUCCAGUAGAUGAUCAUGUGAACAUUAUUGCUGCUUUGGCUUUGACACCUUCUCAUAAAUGAGAGAAGGAUGGUGAUGGAUCAACUCUUGAUGCUUCUGCCUUCUCCAUUACAUAUUUGUUAAGCAGAUAAGGUAGAGAUGUGUGAUUUAGAAUUUUUGUCUUUAUCUGACAUGCAAAUAUUUUCAAAUCUAUAGAGAUACUAAUAUAUACACACCUUUUUAUUUUGAGGAACACCAUGUUUCUCCUGUAAUAAACUGUUACUCUUAUUGUGACAGUUUUUUUUUACAUAGAAACAGACAUAAAACAGGACACAUAACAUCUGAUUCAACUGUUAAUGUAUUCUAUUUCAAAUAUAGACAUUUAGUAAUGUAUCUGCCGUCUGUUCACAACACUUCCUGAUACUUCUAUGCAGCCAAACAGGCAUUGUACAUGUUGGCACACACAAGUUGUUGUUGCACUCACAUAUUUAAUUCAUCAAUUUUUUUCUGCAGAUAAUUACACCUGCCAAAAAUGUAUCCAAAAUGCUCCUGUCUGCCGGUAUAGAUAAUUAACUUUUUAAGUGCUUACUCGCCAAUACAGAUAACAUUGUGCAUUCCUAUAAUAGGGACAAAGGCGCAACAUGUUUUCAAAGAUAGUUGCUGCUCUGUACAGAUUCCCCAGAGUUUUCGAAGCCAGAUUUCACUUACGUUGCCAGAGUGAAAGGAUUUCACCCCAAACUGUGUAAACAGGUUGUUGACUGAGAAAACAAUAGAAGAGGAUUUAAUGUAAGAGAGUCACAUUGGGUUUAAAAUGACUGGGGCAGACAGUGGACAGACAAACAGACCAACAGAAUGACACAACAGCAAAAUAAUUCCUCUCUUUUUCGUCCACAUGGCCUGUGAUUCGUCCACAUUUAAGGGAACCACAUAAGCAGUUUGAAAUUCAAUGCAGAGCACAGCAAGGUACCCAACAUUUAAACUGUUCAGGGCCUGUCUGUCUUCAUGUGCUGUUCCUACACUCUCUGCUGGUCUCAGCUACUUUUAACACCCCACUCUUUGACUCUGAAAUGACAUCUGGUUUGUUUUCUACCAUCUGCUGGAAUCCAUGUGAAUGCAGAAUUAUACACUCCGCAGACAUCGAUGCUGAUGAUGUUAAAUCUUGUGAAAUAUCUGGUGUAAUCGGUAACACCAGUGCUUUACAAGUUUAUUAAGCAGUGGGAAACUUUUCUCACUGUGGCAACACCAGAGCCGGUCUGCAGAACAAAUGGCCUUCAUGGCGCAUGGGAACACUUUAUUCUUCCUGAAUGAAACCAAACUCCGAGUUUAUCCCCAAAGAGAUGAUCUCAAUAUCUAAAUAUUUACAUAUGAAUGGGAGUAAAAAUAAAACACACUUAAAUAUGUCAAAUGGCUCACAGUUAAUCCUGUUGCCGUUGUCAGAUGCUACAUUUUACAGUUUACCAGGAAUCACACUCAAGUUUGUUUUGUCUGAAUCCACAAUGGCAUUUAGCAAACAGUUAAAAAAAAGAUGUUUGAGCAGAGAUUUCAUGAUCUGACUCGUUCUGAUCAGUUCAGUCUCUUCUUUACAAUAACUUCCCCAUUCUGCUCAGCUCUGUCUUCUCUUUCAUCCCAUCCUGUUCUGUCCUCCCUCUUUUGCUCCUCUGGUCUGCUGUGCUCUCUACACAUGUCCGUGUCUCGUUCUCUGUGUGACUGAUGUUCUGCUCCACAUGCAGCCGUUUAGCACCAUUUAAUUAUUUCAUUUUCUCCUCCAGUGUCCAUAUGGCCAAGUCAACGUGAAGGACCCGGCGAUGAAGAAACGCUUUAACUCUCUCUUUUAUGUAUAGGCCUAACAUGACCAAGGUAAAAAAAUCCCUGUUUAGAGUGGUAUCUUGUCUUUAGCCUGUCGUCAUUUGGACUACUUGAGAGUCAUUUUUAGAAGUGUACUAAAUGAUGAAAUAUGGGUAGCGUCUGUGCAAUACCUACCUCAUAUGAAUCACUGUUCUUGGGAUUGUUUUCAUUCCGAGACAGGGAAGUAGGAGGAUCUUUUCACUAGAACCCUAUGUAAAAUAGUCUUUUAUCAAAAUUGUGAUUUUGCUAUUUUUUCCUAAUAUAUUUCUCAAAUGUCCAAUGUGAUGCCUUGAGCUUCUUUUCUCGUUUCUCUUUACGACUUGUUAAUAUUUUGUGGUAUUCUGCUCCUCUGAUGCAUUUACAAGGGUGGUGGGAGUAUGGAGAUGAAAACUGAAAGAGCAUUUUAGAUCUUCGCCCUCCAGAUAAAGGGCAUAUGAGCGAAAGUAGCUGCAGAUAGUCAGAUGGAGUCUUGUGCUCUUUUUCUUUGCAUCUCUUGUUAUUUUUUUCUCUCCCAAAUGUACAACUGCAUGCAUAUUAGCAUCAUUUACACUCCACAAGUGCUCGACUUAACUGUCUACCUUUGACUGAAAAGACAUGUUGUUAAAAAUAGGCGGGGGGCCAUGGGUCAGCCCUUACACUUGGCUGCGCUGCUUUUACACCACUUGAUGGAAUCAGGCUGUUAACAAACAUGCCGUGGACAUCAACAGCAGCCCUCCCCACCGGACCCGCAGCUCAGCCUCCUGGCAACACUUGGCUACAGCAAGCUCUCCCUGCGGCUGCUCUCCCGAGCUGCAGCCUAAUGAACUCCUGGGCCCUCUUCUCCCAGCCCUGCAAUACAUCAGCUCAUGUUCUCCAGCAUGCUUAGACGUACACAAGCAUACAAGUAGUCUUACUCUAUCACAACACCCUGUGGCUCCUAAUAGGCCAAUAUAGAAUAAAGGUUGCACUAAACGCUGCACUUUGUAGCCCACAGUAAUAGCACAAGGUAAGGUCAAGCGCUCAUACAGUUCUACCUGUGCGUGCAAGAGCUGUUCAGGAAAGAUGUGCCACUUGAUUUGUGAUUUGUGAGUGCAUGUGGGUAGGCAGCGCAAUGCCUUCAGGCUCUGGCUGUGAACCUGCCACACACACUCGACCAUCUCUGCCUGAUUGGGCAAACAGCGUCAGGAUGAGAGGAUGUGUCUGCCGCUGAAUUCUGUUGCAGCCACCUACCGGCGCGGCCACAAUUUUCCUCGGCAGGUGGGUCCCAAAGGCAAGUGCUUAGUGAUCGGAGCAAAGCCCUGUGAGCGGCUACAAGGAGAUUCAUGAUCUCAACAGUGCUGGGGAGGACAGGUUCUCGGGGACGCGUCGUCAGGCGGGAUGAGAGGCGAAUUUAUUUGGUGGUAUUCUAAACCGAGGCAGCGGAGCGUGCGGCAGCAACAUUUCUGCAGCGGGACGGUGAAGGUGUCACACUCAUCAAGUACCUGGGCCCGCUCGCCUGCCGCAGCUCUGCGGGAUUUUGCCUAGGGACUUGUCUGUCACAUUAAAGUAGAUGCAUUGCCAUUCAGGGCCUCGGCGGUCCCGCAGCCUGACCAUGAAAUAGGCCAACUUUCAUGUCUGCCUCAUCCCUCCACGUCUUCCCAAUCCAGUGAUGGCACAGUUUGAAAUGUUUUUUCUUUUUUCUUUUUUUAAGCAUGUUCUUGCCUCGUGGUUGAUGACGGAGACACAAACAGCACAGCGAUGCCUUUGGCAGAUUUAUGGAAGAUUAACUUUAAAAUAAACCCCACCUUCCACCACCAAACAGGUCAUUCAUCAUCAUUUUCAAGUCUGUUUAGGGACAGUGAGCCUCAUGUGCACCCUUCAAAGGUUGUUUUCUCUUUUUCACAAUAAUGGACCUGUUAACAAAAAGUUUUAUCAUCUAAAUUUCACUGAACUGUUUAUUCUAGCCAGUCUUUUAUUAUUUUUAACUGAUGUUAUUGAAUUUGAUUAUUUUUAUUACAUAAACGGUAACUCUUGAAAAAUA